CACUUUCAAAGAUCCCUCUUUUACAUCACAUCAGAACUCACAAUCAGUCAACAAAAUCUCUCAAAAGAGACAAUGGGUGCAUUUCUGAAGCUAAUCGACGUAAUCCUGUUCAUCGUCUUCCUCGUAAUCGCAAUCGGAGCUCCACUUCUCGAUGCUCAAACCUGUCUUCCUUCUACUCUCUUCCCCGACAUCCUGAUAAAUCUCAAUACAUGGUACACCCACCAAUUUGGAGAUUACUUGGUCUCUGAAAAACCCCAUUUCUUCGUUGGCCUUAUUUGGCUCGAGCUUCUCUUCGCGUGGCCCCUAGCACUUGCUUGUCUCUAUGGGAUCGUUGCUGGGAAAUCUUGGUUGCGCAUCACCUGUCUGUUGUAUGGCGUCUCCACUUUGACUUCUAUGGUUGCAAUAUUAUCAGAACUUGUUGGGUCAGGGAAAGCAUCAGAAAAGCUAUUGAAAUUGUACUUCCCCUUCAUGGGUUUUGCUGUUUUAGCCAUCUUGCGAGGUUUUCUACCACAUUCUCCAAAGACAAAUGCAAUAAGCACAAAAUCCGCAUCGGCCAGAAAAAAGAGAGCUUGAAUGGUUUAGUAAAAUGUUUGUGGCUUUUGUAUCACUUAAUUCGUUAAGAACCAUUGCCUUUUAGUAACUUAGUUUGAGUUAAUCUUUAAAGCCGGUGCUUAUGAUGUUGUUGUAACAAGGGAUUAAAGUUAUUAUUUUCACAUUGUUUUUGAUGAAUUGUUGAGCUCUAUUUGGAUGACAUUACUAUAAUUGGUAUAA